AUGAGCAGUUGGAAACGACGCCCAGCAAUCUCAUUUCCCGCUCCAGGUGAAGAACCAGUCAUUGGAUUCGACUACAAAAUUGAUGUUCCUCUACUCUCGCCAAUUCAUCAGCAUGUUUUUCGACCAUCCAGUCUUCAACAGGUAGUUGAUGAGACCCAUUUCUCAAAAAACGAGGUUCGAGCCAUCUACCGAGCCUUCAAAGAGACAUCUCCGAACGCUGUCAUCAACAAAAAUAUUAUGAGAGAAAAAUUUGCGGAACUUUUCCCCCACGGCGAUAUUGAACACUACUCAGACCUUCUUUUCGAAACAUUUGAUAAUGAUGGCAACGGAACAAUCAAUUUUCAGGAGUUUGUGAAAGCUCUAUCCAUUCUUUGUCGUGGAACAAUGGAUGAGAAACUGGACUGGCUUUACAAGUUAUAUGACCCGAAGGAGAAAGGAGAGAUCACUUGGGACAGACUUUUCUACGUUAUCACUUCUAUGGAUGAUUUAAUGGGUCGGCAAGCAAGACCACAUCAUUCUCGGGAGCAGAAAUGUGAGCGUGCAAACCAGGUUUUUGCGAAAUUCGACAUUGGCAAGAAAGGCAAAAUCACAAAGCAGGAUUUUUUCCGGGUUUGCAAAACUGACAGAACAAUACUGAAUUCAAUUACUUCUUUAUAUACACUUCUUCCCGGAUGA